AUGAGACACGACAGUGUGAAUAUAAAGAUCCUCCACAAUUCUUUAAUUGAAGGAGACAUGAAUGAAAAGCUUUUGAGCGAAGUAAAAGGUGGAGAAAAUGUGGACGAGGAAGAGAGAAUCACGCUAAAGGAAAAAAUAUGGAAUGAGUCCAAAACUAUGUGGAUUGUUGCUGGGCCAGCUAUAUUUACCCGUUUUUCAUCCUUCGGAAUCAAUAUUAUUAGCCAGGCGUUUGUUGGCCAUAUCGGUGCCACCGAACUUGCAGCCUAUGCUCUGGUUUUCACUGUUUUGUUGAGAUUUGCCACUGGAAUUCUGUUGGGCAUGGCCAGUGGAUUGGAAACUCUAUGUGGACAAGCAUAUGGUGCAAAACAGUAUCACAUGCUUGGGAUAUAUCUUCAACGAUCAUGGCUUGUUUUGAUAGUAACCACAACUCUACUUUCACCAAUUUUUAUUUUUGCAUCCCCUAUUUUAAAAGCUUUAGGCCAAGACGAAGGCAUUGCAGAAAUGGCGGGAACUAUUGGUCUCUGGUUCGUUCCAGUGAUAUAUUCCUAUAUUGUAUCAUUUAGCUGCCAAAUGUAUCUACAAGCACAGAGCAAGAACAUGAUUAUUACAUACUUGGCGGCAUUUUCACUAUCAAUCCACAUCUUUCUCUCUUGGCUUUUAACAGUAAAGUACAAGAUGGGGAUUACGGGUGCCAUGAUAUCCACUAUUUUGGCAUACUGGAUUCCUAAUGUUGGUCAGCUAAUAUUUUUAUUCUCUGGAGGAUGUCCAGAAACGUGGAAAGGUUUUUCGUUUUUAGCUUUCAAAGAUCUUUGGCCAGUAAUCAAGCUUUCUUUAUCGUCCGGUGCAAUGCUCUGCCUUGAACUCUGGUACACCACAAUCCUGAUUCUGUUGACAGGAAACCUGAAAAACGCCGAGGUUGCAAUUGAUGCUCUUUCUAUCUGCAUUAACAUCAAUGGUUGGGAAAUGAUGAUAGCUCUUGGUUUCUUGGCUGCAGCAAGUGUUCGUGUUUCAAAUGAGCUUGGGAGAGGGGACUCUAAAUCUGCCAAGUUUGCAAUAAUAGUUACAGUUCUAACUUCGUUAGCCAUUGGACUAGUUCUUUUUGUAUUUUUCUUGUUCUUUCGGGGACGUCUAGCUUAUAUAUUCACGAAAAGUCAAGACGUGGCUGUGGCAGUCGCUAAUUUGUCACCUCUUCUGGCAUUGUCAAUACUCAUGAACAGUGUUCAACCGGUUCUUUCUGGUGUUGCCAUUGGGGCUGGACAGCAGAGCACUGUGGCAUAUGUUAACAUAGGAUCUUAUUACUUAAUAGGAAUUCCUAUAGGAGUUGUGCUUGGUUAUGUUAUCAAACUACAAGUUGAAGGUGUUUGGAUUGGAAUAUUAUUUGGCACACUCGUUCAAACUAUCAUACUCGUAAUAUUGACUUACAGAACUGAUUGGGAUAAACAGGUAUCCCUUGCUCAAAGACGAGUUCACAGAUGGUUUGUGGAAUCUGAAACCGAUACAAAUUUGCUGUCAACUGCUUGA